GGAAAGAUGGCGGCCGCUGCGGUUUGAAUUCCAGCGGCGCCGCCGGAGUCCGAACAAGAGCUGGGUUGGAGGGGGCGGGGACCUGGGGAGCCGGGCGGGUUGCGAUCCCGUGGGGGAAGCAGUGGCGCCGUCGCUAGACACCAGCGCCAACUCCUCCUCGGCGUCCACGAUGGACUCGGUGUUGGAAGAAGACGUCACCCUCCCCGGGACGCGUAGCGGCGGCAGUGGCCUUGCUCUGAGUGUGCCGGAUGACGCGGACGGCAUCAGCCCUGUUGCUGGUUUGGGAAACGGUGUGCUGCCAAACGUGUCGGAAGAGAAGGUGUCUCCCACCAGAGCGCGGAACAUGAAGGACUUUGAAAACCAAAUCACUGAACUGAAGAAAGAGAACUUUAACCUGAAGCUCCGAAUCUAUUUCCUCGAGGAAAGAAUGCAGCAGGAGUUCGAUGGCCCCACCGAGCGCGUCUGCAGAACCAACAUCGAGCUCAAGGUGGAAGUAGAGAGUCUGAAGCGGGAGCUGCAGGAGAGAGAGCGGCUGCUCAUCAAAGCCUCCAAAGCAGUUGAGAGCCUCGCCGGAGGGGGCGGAUCUGAAGCUCAGCGGGUGAAGGAGGACGCUCAGAGGAAGGUCCGCCAGGUCGAAGAUGUCCUGACCAGGAGGAUACACCUCUUAGAAGAGGAUGUGAAAGCCGCCCAAGCAGAACUGGAAAAGGCCUUUGCUGGGACAGAAUCAGAGAAGGCUCUUCGACUGAGCUUGGAAAGCAAGCUUUCAGAGAUGAAGAAGAUGCGCGAGGGGGACCUGGAGAUGGCUGUGGUCCUGGGAGAGAAGGACAGACUGAUUGAGGAGUUGAAGCUGUCUUUGAAGAGCAAAGACGCUUUAAUUCAGUGCCUUAAAGAGGAGAAAUCUCAGAUGGCAUCUCCUGAUGAAGCCGUGUCGUCUGGAGAACUCCAAGGACUUUCUGCUGCUCUGAGGGGAGACAGGGAGGGGCAGGCUGAGGCUGCACAGAUGGAGCGGGAAAAGGAGAGAAAUCGCUUUGAAGAGAGGAUCCAGGCACUUCGGGAAGACCUGAGAGAGAAGGAAAGAGAAAUUGCUACGGAAAAGAAAAAUAGUUUAAAGAGAGAUAAAGCCAUUCAGGGUCUAACCAUGGCAUUAAAGGCGAAGGAAAAAGAGAUUGAAGAACUUAACUCUGAAAUCGAAGCGCUCAGUGCUGCCUUUGCUAAAGCCAAAGAGGCCCCCCAGAAAGCACAGACCCAGAAAUUCCAGGGGUCUGAAGAUUACGAGGCUGCUCUGCUUGAAAAGGCAGCCCUUUUGGCUGAGCUGCACUCAGAAAACCUCAGCAAGAGCGCAGAGAACCACAGACUGCGUAGAAGCAUUAAGAAGGUCACCCAGGAGCUGAGCAGCCUGCAGCAGGAACGGGAGAGGCUGGAGAAGGCGCUGGAGGCAGCCCACCAAGAGAGGAGCAAGGGCGAGCACGCCAUCCACGACCUUAGAAAUGAAGUUGAGAAAUUACGCAAUGAAGUGAAUGAAAGAGAGAAAGCAGUGGAGGAUUGUUACAAGAGUCUGUUGAAUGAAAGCAAUAAAAAAUUGCAGAGUCAAGAGCAAGUGAUCAGAAGCCUCAGAGAAAGCGCCGCUCAGAAGGACUUGUUGCUUCAGAAAUUCAAUGAAAGAGAUUUGGAAGCAGCGCAGCAGAACUGUGGCUCAAUGACGGCGGAGGAUCUCGAGUUCAGGAGUGAAGACUUAGUAACAGAAAAGGGCUCUUGUCAGUCACCAGGCAGCAGAAGCAUCUUCUCAGAGGAAAAGCAACAAUUAAGCUACGGAGAGCUGAUUCAGGUCGUAAAGAAAGAACGGGACAUCUAUACACAUCUGGUAAAAUCUCUGCAGGACUCAGACAGUGUCAGCACCCUGCAGGCUGAGGUGAGCCGUGUCUUCGCCCUGCGGAAGCGGCUGGAGUGGGACGUGCUCUCGUACCAGCACCUGCGGAAGGCUCUGGAGGAGCAGAUCAGCGAGAUCCGGCGGCGGGAAGAAGAAACAUUUUCAUUUUAUAGUGAUCAAACAUCUUACCUGAGUAUUUGCCUUGAAGAACACAGUCGGCUUCAAGUGGAACAUUUUUCUCACGAAGAGCUUAAGAAAAAGGUCGGCGACCUUAUCCAGCUGGUGAAGGAGCUGUACACGGACAACCAGCACCUGAAGAAAACCAUUUUUGAUCUCUCCUGCGUGGGUUUCCCCGGAGACGACAAGCCUGAGUCAGUAGAUCAAACAGAGCUUCUGGCUAGCAAGGAGGACGAGGACUCAACCAGAAUUGGAGAGGAGGACGAGAAUAAUCUGCUGAGUGACGAGUGUCUGGAGCAGAGUCACAAGACUAUGGAGGACAGUUCCAAAGGGGGCUGCAGAAAUGGAUAUUUAAGGCAUGCAGAUUCCAGUAUCUUAGACUACAAUGGAGCGCACACAUCCGGCGGCCCUGGAGACCAGGGUCUGGAAGAAGGCGAGCUCGUGAGCCUGCUCACCCCGCUCUUCGGCGAGAAGGCCGUGUGGUUCCUGGAAUCCAGGCCAGACCUUCUGAAAGUGCUCCAUGAACUGCUGCUGAAACAGAUGUGCUUGAUGGAGCAGGAGGCUCCGGAACACGUUGAUGGUAAAACAGAGAAGAUGCUGAGGCAGGUGGCCGUUCAGCUGAGACGUGAAUUCGGACAUUUCAUCCAAGCCAGCUCGUCUCCCAUGCCAGCUGAUGAGCUGCAGUGGCCUCGGGGAGUCCAGCUGGCACAGGGGGAUGAGACGUCCACAGCAGAGCAGAAAGAUGCCUCCGUGCAGACCUCGGCCGUGGAGGGCGACACGCUCGGAUCCGGACAGGAGGGCCCGCGAGAGGCUUGGGAGGAGCAACCAGCAGACGCUGCGUUCAGUGCUGGCCGUCGGCCGGGAGAGCCGUGCAGGGUGCCGGGGCGGCAGGCCACGGCCCCCGCCAUCCCCAGGAGGACCGAGAGAGAUGCGAAGAAGUCGCGCCUGCCUGUCCUGAUAAAACCAUCGCAAUCGCUGGGAAGCGUGUGCCGGCCCCCUGCCUCCCAGGAGGUGGUGGCCCACCUGCAGGCCGAGCUCCUGAAGCUGCAGGGGGAGCUGAAGGAGCUGAAAAUCCGCAACAAGCAGCUUCACCAGAAGUUAAUUCUGGUGGAAGCAAUGACAGAGGGGCGGCCAGCGCCAGAGGAAGCGCUCCCGAAAGCCCAGCGUCUUGUGGGGGCAGCCUACCAGGACCGCCCCGGAAAGCAGGAAGGACUGGAAGCUACGCCCCGCAUCUGGAGAGACAAGGAACGGGACAGCGAUCCGCAGGCCGCCCACGAGCCCGGCCCUGAAGUUUACCAGCCAGAUGACCCUGCCGUCUUGCCACCAGCUGACGGGAACCCCUCUGAAGACUUCCCAGGCCCCCCGUCAGCAGCUACAAACUUGAGUGCCAACAGUCAGUUUUCCACGAAGGUCAGCGUGGCUGGGACCGACCCGCUGGAGAACACUGAUAGCUCAGACGAUAAAGAAAACUUGGAACGGAGACUCUGUGACCUGGAGACGGAGCUCGAGGGCUACCGGAGCUUCAUCCUGCAGCUGCAGAAGCACUCCCGGUUCAGUGAGGCUGUCAUCACGGUCUUGUGUGGGACGGAAGGGGCCCAGGACGGCUUGAGCAAGUCCAAGGGCAGUGCCGACGAGGAAGAAAUGACCUUCUCGAGUUUGCGCCAGGUCCGUUACGUGAAACACGUGAAGAUCCUCCACCCCCUGGCCCCAAAGAUGGUGGACGGCGGGACGCUGGAGAGCCUCGGACAGCAGCUGGUGGGCCAGGAGUAUGAGCUGCAGAAGGAGCAGAAUUUGAACAUGGAACUUUUCGGUGGAAUCCAUAACCUGCAGAAUAAGAUCAGAGACCUCUCGCCCUCCAGGUACGAUGCGUUAGUUCAGGCCCAAGCCAGGGAACUCUCCCUUCAGCGACAGCAGAUAAAGGACAGCCGCAGCAUCUGCGUCGUCUAUCGUCAGCACGUGAACACCAUGAUCCAGGCGUUUGAGGAGCUGCUGCAGGCCAGCGACGUGGACCGCUGCGUGGCCGAGGGCUUCCAGGAGCAGCUGCACCAGUGCGCGGAGCUGCUGGGGCGGCUGGAGAGGCUGUUUCUCAAGGGAAAUUCAGCUGAAGUGGAAAUGAAAACCCAGAGAGACAUGAGAGAGAGGACUGAGGAAGACAGCGUCACAUACCAGCACGUUCUCCUCGAGUCUCCCGCACCGUCGACCUGUCGCGCGCUGUCCGACUGUGGCCUGUCCGAGAAGUCCUGCUCCUCACAAGACCAGAAGCAAGACAGCGAGGCCGAGAAGGCAUCGGGCCUGGCCAACAACUUUUCUCAAGACUUACUAAUGGAACAUAUACAAGAAAUUCGAAGCUUGAGAAAACGUUUAGAGGAAUCUAUUAAAACAAACGAGAAGCUGCGGAAACAGCUGGAACGACAAGGGGCUGAAGGUGAUCAAGGUUCUUCAAAUGUUUUGGCUUAUGGUCCAGAGAUCCAUAAUUCUCUGACAUCAGAAGUACAUUUCCUGAGGAAGCAGAACCAGGCCCUCAAUACGAUGCUCUCUAAAGGAUCCAGAGAUAAACAGAAGGAGAAUGAGAAGCUUCGCGAGGCCCUCUCCAGGAAGGCCGCGAGCCUGGAGCACCUGCAGCGGGAGCUGGCCUCUGUGAGGGCGGAGAAGGAGAGGCUGCAGAGGGAGGUGGACGAGAAGGAGAGUCAGAACCAGCGGCUGCUUCAGGAGGUCUGCCAUGGCCGCAGGGCGCUGAGCAGGCUGCAGGAGGAGACGACGCUGAGGCAGCAGCUGCUCUUGCAGAGCAACAGGCUCCUGCGGGCCCUGCGGGCGGAGCUGAAGGUGUGCGAGACGCUGGACCGAGAGCAGCGGAGCCCGCGAGAGGCCGGUGUGGAGGUGUCGAGAGAAGGCUGGACGGGCCAGGACCUCCUGGGCCGCCUGCAUCGCCUCCUGGCCGAGGUCCAGGCCCUGCAGGCGUUGCUGGAGAAAGGCAUCAGGACCAGCGUGGCGCUGCAGAGCUGGGUGGAGGAGCAGCUGGUGCAGGACAGGAAGGAGGCCCGGGAGGCCGCUCCCGUGUCGGCCCUGCAGACCCUGUCCGCCCCUGAGCGGCCCCUGCCGCUGGACGAGCCCGAUGGUGACAAGUGUCCCAUGGCAACUGACAAUUCAUGUGAUCUGUUUGGUCCCACCCCAGCAAUGCCCCCAAGAUCAGCUUCAGAGAUGCCUCCGCUCUCUGGAGAUGACGUGGACACCCUCUCCUGCGACAGCGGCACCUCCGUCGUCAGCACCUCCUACGUGUCCUCCCUGGUCCCCAGCCACCGCCCGUGGGCCAGCAAGAGCGGCUGCCACGUGCUGGGCCCGGCCGAGGACUACGAUGCCCUGUGUGAGCAGAUUGCCCGGGGCCAGACGCUCCUCGCUGAGAUGGACCUUCAGAUCCGAGAGGCUCCCGGCCCCAUGAGUCAGGAGCUGGUAACCAAGGCGCCCCCGGGCAGCGUCCUCACCGGCGUGAGCGCCGCCAGGCUGAUCCUGGACGAGGCCACGAGGUUGCUGGCACGUUUCUGGAAGGUCUCGCCGCCCACCGAUGGCCAGGGCACGCUCCUCUGCGAACAGACAGGAGAACUGAAGGCAGAGAUCAGCAAACUCCACAAUAAACUGUUUGAACAAGACAAGAAGUUGCAAAACACCCUGAAGCUGCUGCAGCUGAGCAAGAACCAGGAGAAGGUCAUCUUUGACCAGUUGGUUGUGACGCACAAGGUCCUUCGGAAGGCCAGAGGGAACCUGGAGCUCAGACCCGGGAGUGCCCAUCCUGGAACGUCCAGUCCCAGCCGACCAGGCUCCUGAAGAGAACGUUGAGCCAAUAAAGCUUGGGGUUCCCGCUGA